AUGACAUCCAGAACAAUUUCUCUUAUCACAUCGCGAGAUAGUGAGGCUCAGAGAGCACACUUUGCCAUCUUUAUCCCUACCGAGCUAGAUCCCGAUCAUGGAACGUUGAUACAAGCGGUAGGAGCUCCGAUGGUCGGAUAUUUCCUGGAAUUCAAGCGAAACCAUUCUCCCUCGGACUCUACAGAGAAAUACACAAUUUUUCCCAUCGGAGAGGUUGAUUCGGCCAACAUAGUCGACUCUCAACCUGGCGAGAAGAGCAGUGAUGCAACACCAAGUGAUAUUAUUGAGGCUUCGGCAGCGGAGAUUCCAACUCCAGGGAUCAGCGAGAACUUCCUAGCACCAGUUACAGAUACGACCAAUAAACGAUGUCAAGAAUGGACGAUGGAAUAUAUUCGUCACCUCGUGGGCAAGAGACUUAUCGCAUCCGAUGCUAUUCAAGCAGUGCAGUCAAAACGAGACCCUCCUCAUCACGGUGUGGGUCUGCAGGCCAGCACACUCCGUUCAAAUUGA